AACAAGAACACAAUCCGUUAAUUUAUCUGUCCGAAUCAUCCCAAGUUCACGUGAUCCGGUCCAGUGCGAAAACGAAAUCGUUCGAGGUGAAACUGUAUUUCGGUUCGAUUCUGUUGGACGACCCGCAGUUCAUCACUUGCAAAGAACUUCCGUUUGUUUAUCCGCACAUCAUGUUCCAGAACGAUUACGAUUCCGGUCUGAUCAACGUGUCUUGUACGAUUCCUGCGAAAGAGCCUCUAUUCACCCGUUGGCUAUAUUUCAAUAUCAGUGAAUCACUACGCGGGAGUAUUGGCUUCGAACCGGGCGGUUUAGAAUAUUACUUGCCUGGCAUCGAAUCGUUGCUCAAAAUUGUUGUCGAACCGACCCUGCUACAAAACGAUCCCACAUUUCGCGGGACGAUCAGUGUCGUGCCCGAACCGGUCAAAUGUACUAUGCCCGUCCAGAGCGGUAUACUGGUCCGAAAAAAGUCGGACGAAUGUCGAGAAUUGACGGUCUCGUUGAAAUUGAGCACAUGUCCCGUGCGCAGUGAGAUGUUCGAGUUACGUGUGUACAAUCAAAUCGAACUGGACAUUCAGCCACAACAAACGUUUUUCAUAUUUGACAAACCAGUGAAUCAAAAUUUGUACACAUGCGGUCUGCAAAGGCCAGCUCCAGUGCUCACCAAUAUGCUCGGUGUUCGCUGGGUGACUAAAACAUCACCCGGUUCCAUGUUCAUCACCACAGGCACGUGGCUUGUGACAACCGAGCAAACUCUGUCCGGAUACUAUUGUNAUUGUGCGGAAUGCUCGUUAUCUCUGUUGAAGAGAAAGAGGAUGACGGUAUGCUUUACCAUAUUGUAUCGUUCCCAUUUCCGGUUGUAUAUUGAGAGCCAACCGAACAGUGAUUUGAUCACACUGGGACAAAACGGAUUGUGGGAGUGUUUUGUACAAUCGAAUACGACGAAACUGAACAGCUCGAAGAAGUUCAAUCCGCCACAAUUGUCCAUUGAACCCAAAGAUCCCGCAUUCACUCAAGAUCGACCAUCCCGAUUGAGCAAAACCAUGAUAGCGGGAGAGGAAAAACUAUUUCAUCUCACGUGUGAACUGAUGCAUGAUGGGGUGCUGAUUGGUUCCACAGAAAAAACACUCCUAAUGGUUGAUGAGUCUGAUAUUGUGCUGAGUAUGAGUCACGAUGAAGCACAAUACAAUGUGAGCAUCCGUGAUCCAAUCACUUGCAUGUGGGAAAGUCGUGUGCUCCAAACUGAUUCACGAUUUCGUCCCCUCAUCUAUAGUAUAUCGUCAGACAAUAGACGGACUUGUGUCGGUCACGAGGUCUAUCUGAUCACCGGUGGGACAUUCACUUACGAGUGUGAAGGAAAAGUGGACAAUUAUGAACGGACAAUUGUGCAGAAUUUUACUGUAUUGCCCGCUCCGAAGUUACAUUUGAAGGUAAAGCCCGAGGUUAUUGCUGUUCCACUGGAUUCCCCUGCUCCUAACUACACAUGUGAAGUGGCUGAACCCGAGUGGCGACAUUUAACACCUGUAUGAAGUUUCCGGAGAAUGUCUUGGUACAAAUGUUAUAGUAAUUCUAAACCGGAAACAAUUGGACAUACGCAAAUUGAAUUGGUUCAAGACUCGAAACAUGAAGCGCAAUAUGAUUUGAACAAUGUGGCACUCCGGUUCCCGUGGCUCACUACUUUAGAGUAUGAGGUCACUGUGAGAUGUUGCACAAUCCAAUCCUACCUGGGUUAUAUGAUCAAUUCCACUUGCAUCCAAGUGACCGGGGACGCGUACG